UGGAGAGAACAAGCAGCAUUACGACUUUGGGAGCUAUGGAGCUGCGAUUUGCUGCCGUGAUGUGCGCUCUCUUGCUCGCUACGUCUACAACUUUUGUCUCGGGACUCGUGAAAAGCGAGCAAGAGCUGAUCGAAGCUCUGCGCUCCAGCAGCCGGAUCGUCGUGGGCCACUCCAUUACCAUCACCAAAGAGCUGCCGACCAUCACGAAGUGCGUCACGCUCACUGGCCAUGCAAAGUCAUGCAAAGACGCGAGCUGCUACAUCGAUGCCCAGCGCAAGUCUCGUCACCUUGCUGUCUCAGGCGAGGGCGGAAGGCUCUCGCUCUACAACUUGGAGCUCCGGAAUGGUAAAUCCGGUAACGACGACGGUGGUGCCAUUCUCGUCUCCGACGGGGGAACUCUCGAAGUCAAUAGUGCCGCUUUUAUUAACAAUGAAGUUGCCAUGUUUUCCACCGGAGGUGCUAUUGGCGUUAGAAACGGGAGUGCGGCCGACAUCUACAAGUCUCUGUUCGUGAAAAACAACGCUGGCUUUGGCGGUGCUGUUGGAGUCUCUGAGAAUAGCAAGGCGGACAUAAGAAGCUCGGCCUUUCGUCACAACAUCGCCAGUCUCAGUGGCGGAGGCUUAGAGUUCUUGGCCGCUUCGACAGGAUUCCUCGCGGACAAUACUUACGAGAACAACUCGGCUUCGCUUGGAGGAGCCACCACUGCUCACGAGAGCACAAUCAACGUGUGCGGAGCGUCCUUCAUCGAAAACACCGGGAGCCUUGAGGGUCCAAACAUCAUGGCCGAAGGUGGCUCCGCCGUCACUGUUUGCAGAGCCAGUUCGGCCGACGUUUCCGGCACCGUUGCUUCGGAGGACUGUGCUCCGUGCAACGCUGCUUUGAGACCUUCGCCGGGAGUUCGAGGAGAUCCCCAUAUCCGUGGCCCUCACGGUGAAACAUUCGAUUUUCGCGGUACUCCCGACCAGAGCUAUUGUCUCAUUUGGGACGGGGACUUGCAGCUCAACAUGAGGAUCAUGACUGCCACAGGCAGCUCAACUUAUAUCAGGGAACUCGGGCUUGUCUAUCGAGACCAGACUGUGUGGUUAUCUUCCUGGAGCAGUGACGGUGGCACCAAGCAUCAAGGAACGCUUGUUAUUAACAAGAUGGAAAUGCCUAUGGAAUCCACAACUUGGAACUUUCCCAACAAUCUCUUGGUCUCACGGACAAGAAACGAGGUGAUAGUGGAGGUUGCCAAACGCAUUCGUCUGAGUUUCAAAAUCUCCAGGCCAAUCUACGAAAGGCCUAGUUUCCUAAAUGUUGAGGUAAGCUCCUUCCAGCCCAGUCUACUGCUGGUGGACGGGAUUUUUGGGAAGUUGUAUGGUAGCUUACAAGGCUCGGCCCAAUUCAAUGGCCGCGGCAAGUUCAAGUCACUAGUAGACCCAGAGAAGUACAGGGUGGCGGACAUUCUUAGUUUAAAUUGAGAUACAAAAGAAUUCGAUAAAGUUUAUGAAAGUUUAUAAUAUGAAGAAAAAGAAACACUUCUAUGGAAAA